GACACGUUCACAAAUCUUGUUGAUCACUCAAUCGUCGGCUUGUUCGUCGCGUUGAAACUGUUGAAACUUGAAAGUCGAUAGUUGCAAGUUAAACACUCGAACACCGGCCCUUAGGUGUUUAAAUCCCAAAAUUCUGCAGUUUUCGUUCAUACAUGUUUUGGCUGCGUUUGGCGCCAUAACCUUAAAUUAGCACGAGCAAUCGCAUUAUCGUGAAUACAAAUUAAUAGAUCCUAUGUUUUGUUUAAAGUGCGCCAAAUAAAAGUGAAAACGGAAAUACUGAAAAGUGAAAAAUUGUAUUUAUAUAGUAAUUUGUAUUCAAUUAAUAAGCCAACGCCGUCAUAACAGUACACAAACGCAAUACAAUAUAAUAUUGUUGACUGCCGUAGCUUAAGGCCGACGAGAAGAACACUAUUCAGUAAUAAGCACAUACAAUACAAAUAAGAAAAUGUUAAAAACAAAGAUUUUAUCUAGUAUUUUAAGGAGUACUAAUUAUUCAAAGCAACUAUUUCGCAAUAAUUACACUCAAGAAGCAGCACCCCUACCCAUCAAAAUUGAAAAGACAAUAAAUAAAGUCACACUUUUGGGACGAGUUGGUGCGGAUCCGCAAAAACGAGGCACAGAAGAACAUCCAGUUGUUGUAUUUUCAUUGGCUACACACCAAAAUUAUAUCAACAAUAAUGAAGAAAGCACACAAAAGACUGACUGGCACCGUAUUGUUGUAUUUAGGCCUGGAUUGCGUGACACUGUGUAUAAUUACCUACAAAAAGGACAACGUAUACACAUUAGCGGGAGAUUAAUCUAUGGAGAAUUAAAAGAUGAAUCUGGUACUUCUCGAACAACUACAUCAAUUGCGGCUGAUGAUAUCAUAUUUUUUAAUUCAAAAAAUUAAACUAAUUAGUUUGCCUAAAUUUAAUUUAAGUUAUAUUUGUUUAGUUUAUAGAAAACAUGCUCACUGUGUUGCCUAUAAUUAAAAUUCCUAUAAGAAUAUUUUUUUUACUUAUAAAAUUGAUUCCUAAGAUAAAAAAGUUAAAAUUAUGUUAGUUUUUAUGUGACAUUUUGUCCAUAACAAACAAUAAAAAUGGAAAGUUGAAAGUAGUAAUUUGUUGCACUAAACAUUUUCAUAUAAUUAUUUCUGCUAUUUAUAAUAUGUUAUUCUAUGGUGCUGUUUUUAUAUGAUAAUGAUAUAAGUAUAUAUAAUUAAAGAAUAUUACAAUGUGCA